AUGGACCAGAUCAAGGAGGACAUGAAACAGGCUCGAAAAAACUUGAAUGAACUGUCCAAAUGCUGUGGCCUCUGUUUGUGCCCUUUCAACAGACUGAAGUCCACCGAGAGUGACUGGAGAAAAAAGCAGGUCAGAAAACCAAAAGAAAGCAAGCGGAACAUGGUAUCCAGCCAACCGACUGUUGUUCACGAUGGGCAGGCCCCCACUGGCCCCUACAUCAAAAGAAUAACAAAUGAUGAUCGAGAAGAUGAGAUGGAAGAGAAUCUGAAUCAGAUGGGCAACCACAUUAAGAUUUUAAAGAACAUGGCACUGGACUUUGGCGACAGGAUUGACGACCAUAUCAAAAUAAUUGAUGAUGUCAAUGAUAAGACUGCAACAAUUACAAGUGAAGUUGCUGCUGCGGAAAAACAAGCCAGGAAACACCAAUAAGACAAAUAAAGAAAGAACCACCAAAACUAUAUAUUUUCUAUACAUCUUAGUGUGAACAAUUAAUUUGUGAAUGCAGACCCCCAUCCAUAUUGCCAUUGACACUUGUACAUAUGACAAAUAAACUGAAACUGAUCCGCAGUUCCCAUCCUACAUUUAUUUUUAUUUUUGCUUUUUCUAUGAUCCAUCUCAUUCAGAUGUACAUCAUCAUAUGGAAUAAAAGAUCU